AUGCCGCUUGUCCUGCGCCGCGGCGCUCCGUCGUCGGUCCGCGAGAAGAUGCGACGACACCUCGAGCGACACAGGGUCGAGCCUGAGACCGAGCCGUAUCCCCGGCGAGUCUCCGAGUACUUUACCGACGGGGUGGUGUACCGGUCGCGGUCGCUGGGCAUGUGGACGGUGAAUGACAGCGUGCGACGGCAUGCCAUCGAUCUGGUCGACUCGCGGCCGUUCCAGCGGUUCAUGUUCGCGGUCGUCGUCCUCCACUCGCUCUCGAUGGUUCUGUAUGUUCCGUCGGUGGGCGGGGCCAAGAACAGGACAGCUAGCGUGUCGACGAGCGACUCGUCGCCGUCGUCGCUCAACCAGGUGCUCAACUGGCUCAAUCUCGGCUUUCUCGCCGUCUACACGCUCGAAGCUGGCCUCAAGAUCACCGCCAUGGGCUUUGUCCUCCACAAGCACGCAUAUCUGCGGUCCGGCUGGAACUGCCUCGACUUUUUACUCGUGGUUGUCAGCGUAACAUCUAUGCUCUCAUUCAAUGGGCUCGACAUCUUUGCGCCGUUCUGGGUCCUCCGUGCCCUCCGUCCUCUGCAGUCGGUCUCGCGGAUGCAGGGCCUGCGGAUUGUAGUCCAGUCGCUGGUCUCGGCCCUGCCGGCGCUGCGUGACGUCGGCUACUUUUUCGCGUUUCUCAUCGGCUGGUUCGCUAUCGUCGGCGUGCAGCUCAUGUCCGGCGCGCUGCGGCGGCGGUGCGUCGACCCGAGCGCACUGGCUGCUGGCACGCUGCCAGACAUGGCCACACUGCGGGCGAGGCGGCCGUGCGGCAUCGACCCAACGGCUGGCUACCUCUGCCCCGCACCGCUGGUGUGCAGGGACGUGGGUAGUGCCGCCAAUCCCAACUCGGGGUUUGUCUCGUUCGACCACCUCGGCUCGGCCUUUGUGGUUCUCUUCAACGUGGCGACGCUCGAUGGAUGGUCAGCGAUUAUGUACGCGCUGCAGGACGCAUGGUCGACGUGGGCCUGGGUCUAUUUUGUGCCUUACACCUUUAUCACGGCCUUCCUCGCCACCAACAUGAUUCUGGCGGUGCUCGACGAGGCCUUCCACCUCACGGCAGCACUCGAAGAGCUGACCGACAACGACGAGGUGGUGCUGGUGGUCGACGACGCCGACGCCAUCAUGCUCUCACACCUCAACUUGUGGCGGUCGGGCUCGGGGUCGAAGCUCGUUUCGGCGAUGACGCCGAUCGGCAAGCCGGCGACGCCCGGGCGGUCGCCAGGUACGUCGCCGGGUCGGCUCUCGGUCCCGGCCUCGCCGCACGGCACCUCUCACGACCAGGAGCAGCAGGAGGAAGAGUCGAUGGAGACUAUGGGCCAUCCGCACGAGUCCUUGACGUCAGACGUGUGUUACGACGGUGAGGAAGAGGAGCAGAGCUGGUCGUCGACGUCGUCGUUUCCCCCGGACUCGACUUCGAGCAACGAGUACAGCUCGUACGUGUACUCGACUCGCUCGACGGGUGGCCAGGUGUUGAGCGACUCGCUGGUGUCCGAGACUAACAUCCGGGCAAUCGACGAGAGCGUGUCGUCGGUGACCGAGUCGAUCACCACAACGUCGACAAACGACUCGCCACCGGAGACGCGGCGUGCGCCAUCGCCACCGCCGCAGAUUUCACGGCUGCGGCCGCUGCGUAAGGCAAGCGAGAGCAGCUCGGCCGAGCCUGGAGUCGCAGGCCAGGCUGCGGUUGCGCUGGACGACGUAGAGCUUGGGGUGGUGUCGCUGGAUGUGCCGGCGGUGAUGAUCGAGAACGAGACCGGGCAGACGCGGACUAGCAGUAUGUGCAACGGCGGGAGUGGCGGCAAGUGUGGCGGCGGCGAGAGCACCCACGCAGACGACGACGGCUCGGGUAGCCAUAUCUCGACUGCCAGUAUCGAUGAUGUCUCGUAUCUGGACGUCAUCUCGAGUGUUGUUGUUCUCGUCGACUUUGUGCUAAUGCUGACGGACCAUGCCGCCGCGUCGCACGAGUACCUUGUGUUCUUGGAUGUGGCCUCAUACACAUGCCUGGGGUUCUACGGCAUUGAGUUCUCGGCGCGGCUGGCGCAAGCGUCAUCCAAGGCGAAGUUCCUGAAGAGCUGGUCGAGCUUGUGGGACGGAGUCAUACUUGCGCUCGGGUUGCUCGAAGCGGUACUUGUGUUUGGGAGCGGGAUGCCGCGGGCGAGGAUGCUGCGGCCGCUGCGGGUGUUCAAGCUGACGCGGGCAUGGGGCACGUUCCGGCGAGUGGUGACGGGCGUCUUGCUUCCGGGGCGGAUGGUCUCGUAUCUUAUUUCGCUCCUUUUCCUCCUGCUGUAUGUCUACGCGCUCGCUGGCGUGCGUUUCUUUGGCCACGCGUACUCUGCUGGGCCGGGUCGGGCCUCGUUUGAUUCUGCGUACUGGGCGUUCCUGGCCGUUUUUCAGGCCUUCACCGGCGACUCUGUGACCGAUCUCAUCUACGAGGGCAUGCGGGUGGACGCCGUGUACGGGUUCUUCUUUUUCGCCUCGCUCAUUGUCCUCGGCUCGUACGUUAUUUUCUCGCUCUUUCUCGCUAUCAUUCUGGAAAAGUUUGCCAACAUCGACAAGGCUGACGCGCCCGAUGCUGGGACGACCAAGUCUGCGGCGCUACUGGCCGAGGACGCGGCUAGCGCCAAGCGGCGACGGCGGCGGCACAUCCAGGCGCGGAUCUCAGCGUGGUCAUACGACCAGCCGCUUGUGGGGACGACGUUGCGCGCAUUCGGUCCCGAGUCAAGGGUCCGGCGCUUUGCGCAGUGGGUGGUGACACACCAGGCGUUCUCGCCGCUCAUUCUUGUGGUGACGGUGGCGGACGCGGCGGUGCUUGCAGUCGACGAUCCUGCACAGGCUGGCAAGACGACGCUGCUUGGCAACAUCUCUGCGGCGGUGGUGCUCCUCGUGUUUGGCCUUGAAGCCGUGGGCAAGAUCAUUGUGCGUGGGCUGUGGUAUCCAAGCCGAUCGGCGUAUUUGCGCAACGGAUGGAACUGCCUCGACCUGUUUAUUGUGCUGACUUCGCUGGUGGCGCACGCGGCAGGGCCGGCGCUGCCUUGGUCGUGGGCGCUACGUGCGCUCCGGCCGCUGCGGCUAGUCUCGCGGCUAGCGCCGCUGCGAACCACGGUGUAUGCGUUGCUGGCGGCGUCGCGAGCGAUUGCAUCGGUUGUGGCGGUGGCGCUUGUGUUCUGGGCAGUCUUUGCCAUUGUGGGCGUUGCACUCUUCAAGGGCCGGCUGUACUCGUGUAAUGAUGCGAGUGUGACCUGGCGCGGUGAGUGCGUGGGCAGCUUUGUGGACGCAGCAACGAACCAGACAGUAGCGCGGACGUGGAGCAACGCAGUGUCGACGUUUGACUCUGUGCCCGACGCCAUGCUCUCGCUCUUUGAGUGCUCGGUCAUGGUCGGCUGGGUAGACAUCAUGCUGCCGACGAUAGACAUUGUGGGCCCCGACUUGCAGCCACAGCCACGGUCCCAGCCUGCGGCGGCGCUGUACUUUGUGGUGUUUAUUGUCAUUGGCUCGAUGCUUGUGGUUAAUCUUGUGGUGGCUGUGGUCAUUGAGAACUUUGACCGGCUCCGUGACGAGAUUUCUGGACACGCGUUCCUCACCGACUCGCAGCGCGAAUGGCUUACGAUCCAGCGAAUCAUCUCGGCCACGCCGCCAUAUGAGGCCUUUGUCCUCCCGGACCAUCCUGUCCGGGCUGUGGCGUACAUCAUUGUCAAGCAUCGGAACUUUUCCAAGUUGGUCAUGGGCGCGCUGGCGCUCAACGGCGUGGUGCUUGCCUCGUUCUACGCUGACGCGCCGGACGAGCUCCGCAGCUUCCAGUCUGGCAUCUCGUACUUUUUCGUGGCGUUUUUCUGCGUCGAGGCUGGCCUGCACAUGGCAGCGUCGGGUCUCAACCACUACUUGCUCGACGGCUGGCACCGGUUCGAGUUUUCCUCGUCAUCAUACGACUCGCUGAUCAACCUGAUUGGCUCGCUGCAGCUACUGCGGUUUUUCCAGAUUGUGCCGCUGCUUGCGUCGAUCCUGUCCACAUUCCGACACGCGCUUGUGGCUAUUGCCAACGUGGCCGGCCUACUUGUGCUUGUGCUGUUUGUGUACGCGCUGAUGGGCCGGUCGCUGUGGGGCCAGGUUGUUACUGCGCCGUACGGGCAAGCUGGGCCCGGCUUUGGCCCCCACGCCAACUUUGCCACGUUUGGCAACGCGUGCCUGACGGUGUACCGCAUUGCGACGGUAGACUCGUGGGGCGCGGUGAUGCGGCACGCCGAGGUGCAGCCGCCGUUCUGCAGCAGCGCGAAUCCGGACACGUGCGGAUCUGUCUACGCGCCAGCGUAUUUUGUGUCGCUCAUUGUGAUCUCGUCUUGGAUUCUGCUCAACCUGUUUAUUGCUGUGGUUUUGGAGCACUACCAUGCCAUGUCCGAGUGUCUCGACGCGGUCAUGCUCGAGUCUGUCGAGUCUUUCCGGCGGCUGUGGAUGGUGCUUGACCCUGAGCCGCGCGGGCGGAUUUCGCCAGCCGGCUUCCUGCAGCUAAUGUUCUCGCUCAAGCCGCCGCUCGGGUGGGUGCCGAACAUGCCUGAUGUGCGGGUGCUGCGUCACUUGCAGGCGAUGGACAUCAAGGUCAAUUUGUACCCUGCAACGCGGACGCUGUUUGGUCGGUUCCGUUACGAUGCAUUCAAGACUGCGCCGCCGUCUGUCGACUACCGCAACACGUUUGAGGCGGUCAUUCGGUACGCAGUUGAGCACCAAGACGGGUUCCUUACGCACUGUGCCGAUGCGGUCAAGCCGACUGGAACGGACGACGAGGUGGCGGAGGACGAGAUGUUCCGGGCGCGGCUGCUGCUGCACUCCAAGUACCGCAAGCGUGCGUACCUACGGGCGCGCAAGCUACCGCUCACCCACGAGGACGCACACAUUACGAUGGCGCACUACUUUGCAUGCCAAAUCAUCUCGUACUACUGGGUCAAGUACCGCCAUGUUGUAAUCCGGCACAACCGACUGCGCAAGGUCAAGCGGGUGGGCAUGCUUCUCCGGGCAGCGUCCAAGCUCCGGUGGCUGCGUGGGCGGUCAGCUGGGCUCGGCGCAUCGUCGUCUGAGCCUACGCUGACGACUGUCGACGAGAUAAGCGAAGGUAGCGGCGGGGGAGCGGCUUUGCGUGGAGCGCGGAUGUUGCCGCAGCAUCCAACGACCUCGGUCAGCUCGAUCGGCGACUCGUCGCAGCAGUUGGUGCGGCGGCGCGGUGAUGGCGAGAGCGGCGCCGGCGUCAGCACGGCCGAUAGGGCGUGGGCGGCGGCGAUGGGCAAGUUACCGGCGAGCAACAUCAGCGCCACACCAGCAGCGUCGGCGGCGCAGUCGAGGGCACGCGGACUGGGUAGCAGCUCGAGAGGGCGAUCGCACAUUGCGUUUUCGCUCGCAGCGUUGGCGGAUAGCAAGGCGCGCAACACAUCGCUCAAGCGGGUGGAGGACGGCGCGGAUCAGCUGCACCGGCUCCCGAUCGAGCAAGUCGACGCAGACGUCUCGUACUCGUCGACGGAUGACAUCAUCGACGCAUCGAUGUCGAUGUCCGAUGAACACGAUGGUCACCGUGGAAGCAGCGGCGGCGGCGUCGGACGCGGCGGUGGUGGGCGGCGCGGCUCUCGGGCACAUGUUUCGUUCGGCUCGCGCAGCUCACACAGCUCGGGCGCUGGUGGUGGCUUUAACUGGGCCCGGAUUCGGAUGCUGGCGUCUGCGGCGCGCAAGUAAAGAAGUGCAAAGCCGAAA